AUGUCAAUAUCUAGACGCAUCCAAAAGAUUGGAGCUGACACUUGGUACGGCACCUGUAGCGCUGCUGGACGAACGACUUUUUCCACCCACAUCGAAGCACGGACUGACGGCGAGAUUCCAUGCUUCGUCAGAGGCAGGCACCAUUUCGCAAUUUUUGCGAAGUGA